AUGGAAAAAACUCUUCUACCAAAUUUGGAUCGUAUUGACCAAAGUAAACUCCUGCUAGAUGGUUCUUACACAUUCCCUGCUUCUGCUGGUAAAGGUAUAAAUGUCUACGUUAUAGAUACUGGUAUUAACAUAAAACAUGUUGAAUUUGGAGAUCGUGCUAAA